CGCGAGCCGCCAGUCCGACCUCUCUCGUCUUCGUUACCCGCCGCCUCCCAUCCCUCCGCUCGUUCCCGCCUUUGUCCUCGUACAUGGCAACAAUGACGGAGGUUGCGUCUGGCAGCCAGCAGUCCUUUCGUUCCGUCGCUGAUACCAAUCAGGACGUGCACCAGGAGGAAUAUAUAUCUACCUUCUUCGUCAAGGCUCUCUAUGACUACGACUCUGAAGACCCUUCAGCGCUCUCCUUUCGUAGAGGAGACAUCAUCGAGGUCCUUACCAGACUUGAAUCCGGAUGGUGGGAUGGGCUGCUCGGCGAGGAGCGAGGUUGGUUCCCUUCCAACUACGUUCGAAACGUAGAGCCGCACGAACUGGAUGCUACAUUGUCGGAAACCGAAAUCGCCGCCCUUAAUCAACCCGCUCUCGCCGACGAGUCCGUCGUUGAUAUGGCUCAAGCGCUUAGCGGCCAAUCAGACAGCGAGAACGAGUGGCUCGGCGGAGCUGCGAGCUCGCAUUCGGGCAUCGAACAGCUCAUGAGGGUGGAUAGCCAGAGCUCGACUGUUUCGAACGAUUUCUGGGUGCCCAAGGUCACUGGAGACGGGCAGGUUUUCUAUGUCAACACGAAGACCGGAGAGAGUGCGAGAGAUUUACCCCUGGAAGCGGAUAGCGACAUCUCGGACAGUGAUCUUGCAGGCCUAGCUGCACAGCAACGACCCCGGGCAGGCACAACUGCCAGCUUUGGACUUAUCAACUCGGCCUCAGAUGAUUCGCUCGAUGGCUCCGUAACCACUCCGACAGCGGGGUUUGGCGUUCCAAGAAGGGCGGGCACUCCCGAACCGUGGCAACGACGUCUCGCCGAUGAUGGCAUGACCUACUACUGGCGCAACAAAUCCGACGGUACAGUAUCGUGGACACGGCCGGAAGUGAGCGCCUCAACACCCACAGCCCCCAUACUCCCGGUGAACGGCAAGGGUUACGAUCCGCAUCUGUUGACCUAUCGGUCAGAUCUGGGCACGAAUGCCGAAGAUAUGGCAUUGGCCACUGCGGGUUACUCUCAUGGGAGGGAGGGUGUCUUCCACACUCCUGGCAACCUUCUUCCCGACGCAAACGUCCCCGCUCCUCGUGUCAACGGUACUGACCGGGCGAGCGUGUAUUCCGACGACUCGGACAUUGUUCCCCUUGAGCAACGCGUCCGGACCACAUCCACAUCGAGUCACGAACCCAUCACCAACGGUGCCGUGCCAAGCAGUCAUCUGCAGUCGAAGGCAGGCACCAUCGAGCUAACCAGUGCCGAGAGAUCAGCCAAAGCUCUUCAAGAAGCGUUGACUCCUUCACUCCCAGAGACUAUCACCGAGCUAUCGGCCAAAGCGCAAGACGCGAUUGCGGUUGCUGUCAAUGCCACAAAGACUCGUUCACGGGGACCUGAUCACGACCGAGAGAUGGAAACUCGCGUUCACGCCGUCGUCCUUGCGGUACGAAACCUUCUUUAUGUAGCGGCGCUACCGUCCGGCCACGUCCCGGAAGUUGGGCCGACCGGCAAACUGGGCGAAAUACGGGCCAAUGCAGCCUCGCACAGCAUUCAGGCUCAGUUGAAGCCGGCACAGCGGAAGGUUACAGCGACGCUGUCGAAACUAGUACUCUCAGCACGCGCUGUCUACCAUGACUCCUUGACGACCUCGGUGGACAAUGGGAGCCGCAUAGAAGCGGAUGCUCUCGAGCUUGACAAGGCGCUGGCCGCCUUCGUGUUGGAAGUGCAGCGUUGCCAGCAGCGUCAUUCUACCCUUGGGUUCAAGAGGGUUCUAGGAGCUUUCUCGCCGUCCGGCCUAGGACUCGGCUUGAUAGGAGGGGGAGCUGCCGGCACGUGGAAGGGUUACGGAUGGGUGGCUCUGGAUGACGUGGACGACAUGCCUAGUCGUAUCCUUUCGCCGGCCAUCACCCAAGAUCUCGGGAAUCACGUUCAGAAACUCGUGGAGCGCCUCUCUGCUUUCGUGCCUGCUUUGCGCCUAGGUACACUCUCUCCAGCCGAAGUGGUCAUUGAAAGUCAAGACCUUGUCAGUGGAUUUGCUUCCUUCUUGGUGUUCGUCGCGGAUAUCCACAUCGCCCGCCAUGUCGACAUCGACGGCAUACACCAAGACCCCGAGCGAUCGCCUACAUAUGACCUAUACAUGAAGUCGGUCAAUCAGGGGCGAUCGUUGGUUCGGACGCUGGAAGCCGCUGUUCAGUCGCUUUAUGACGAUAGCGCUUCCCUUCUGCUCACAGCUCAAAGCAUACGGGCUAUGGAGUUUCUCGAGAUAAGGCACAACGUCAAGGAAUACACGCAACUGGAAGUGCUGUCUGACGCGCUGAAGGCGCACGCUACUCUGGUCCACCAGACACUCGAGGCCCUCCUCACCGUCGGCCAUGACCAAGCAGAUCUGGCGAGCGGCGACUACAAUGGAUCCAUCGAGUGGCGUAUGUCCCGGUUAAGCGUCAUCGACAGCGCAUUACGCCCAGCUUCUUUGGGCAGUGUCGUAGACAUGGAACUUGCGUUCCGUCAACCUGCUGCCUCUAAACUGUCCCAGAUGGCGCAAUCGUCGACAUCCGGUUCCACUUUGUACAGGCAGGAUUCUCAACUCUCCGAAUCGUCCUUGGAUUACUCCGAUCAAUCUCCCUCUGCGAAUGGUGAUCUUCCGCCGACGCCUACUUGGGAAUCCACGGAACAGUCCGGAAGUACAGUAGUCGGUGGUGAGUCUCCGGAGAUGGCACCUCGUGCUUCUCUGGAUGAGGCGGAUGACUUAGAUGAUGACCUGGCUGGCGUACCUAAGAAGGCUGGGCGAAGCAAGAAACUGUUAUGGCUCGUCGGAGAGGAGGCACCGACAGGUGUCAUUCAGAAGCUUGAAUCUGCCACGAAACCCUGGUAUCUCCGGCAAACCUAUGAUCCAGCCCAGAUCAUUAUCGAACCCGAGGGCAAUGUUAAAGGCGGGACUCUGGCUGCUUUAGUGGAGCGUUUGACUGCCCAUGAGAAUACUGAUACUAAGUUCAACGUAACGUUCAUGAUGACCUACAAGUCCUUCACAACCUUGGACGAGUUGUUUGAUAAGCUCGUAGAGCGCUUCCAUUUGAAGGCUCCAGAAGGGCUCAACCCGAAGGAGUUCGAGGAAUGGACCAAGCUGAAGCAACAGAUUGUGCAAACUCGUGUCUUGAACUUCUUCAGGUCAAUGCUGACCGUUGACGACGUAUUGGAGAAAGACGAUUAUUAUAUCAUGGACCGUCUAAAGCCAUUCCUCGUCGAAGAAGCACAACAUGUGUCAGCGGCAAAACCACUUCAGCUCCUCGUGGAGAGAGCUAUGAGCGGAGAUAUUGGGCUGAAGAAGACGCCGGUCACUUUGCAACCACCUCCUCCCAUCCUACCAAAGUCCAGUGGCAAGAAGCUCAAGUUGAUGGACAUAGAUCCCAUUGAACUCGCGCGGCAACUAUGCAUCCUCGAAAGCCAGCUGUACCAGAAAAUCCGCCCACUGGAAUGCUUGCAACGUUCUCGAGAACAGAAACAAGGUCAGACUGAUAACAUCACGUCGGUGAUCGCUACUGCGAAUAGGAUCGCGAACUGGGUCGCGGACAGCAUCCUCCAGAAGGAGGACUCCAGGAAACGCGCAGCAAUCGUGAAGCAGUUUAUCAAUGUCGCUGACCGAUGCCGCUCGAUGCACAACUUCUCGAGCAUGGUGGCAAUUGUCUCCGGUUUGAACACUCCCCAUAUCCGGCGUUUGAAGAGGACCUGGGAGCAAGUCAACACGCGAUCCAUGGGCCAACUGGGCGUUUGCGAAGCUCUCAUCGACUCGAACAAGAACUUCAACAAUUACCGCAAGACAUUGGAAAAGGUUACCCCUCCUUGCGUCCCGUUCUUCGGUACCUACAUCACGACUUUGACAUUCAUUCAAGAUGGCAAUCCAGACAUGCUUCCUGGCGGUCUCAUCAACUUCUCCAAGCGGCAGAAAGCCGCCGACGUGAUGAGCGACAUACGGCGAUGGCAGCACACACCCUACUCCUUCCAGCCCGUGCCUACCAUCCUUCAGUACCUCGAAGAUUCUCUCGGCAAUUAUGCCGAUGACGAGCAACUCCGGGACUUCUUCUGGAAUCUCAGCCUCGAGCGCGAACCUCGCGAACGUGAGGAUGAGAAGAUGGCGCGGCUGUUGCAGGAGAGCGGAUUCUUGUAGGUCGCGUCGCCCACGCCUCAGUCAGACCGUUCCUCGCCUCAGGUUCUGUCUCCUGAAAUUUCGUUCUUCUGUUUUGUGCGCCUAUGCACGUACCUCCGGAUGUCGGUUUGUCGGCUCUCUUUUCGCGGACGUUUUUGUUUGUCUUUGCUCUCGAUUCCUCAUUGACUCCAUCGUUUUGCUGCGGAAUACUGUAUUAUUGAUUUGCUUAUAUAUCGUUCUUAGUUCUUUCUCUGGAUGACCUAUAUUGGC